UGAUUGCUUUUCGAACCAUAACGGAAAGGAAAAUCCGUUAUGCGCAGAAGACAUGAGCAUGGAUGAAUAUUUGAAAAUAUAUUCAUUAAGAAACCAUACUGAUUACUGCCUCUCUUACGUUUUUACUUACAGAGAUUUCAAAGGCGUUCUUGGCAAGGCGUAUGCCACGGAGAUUGAUGGAAGUCCAAGUUCAGCUUGUGUGAUAUAUUGGUUCUACAAUAGGGGCGAUCUUACCACAGAUUAUACAAAAAAAUCGCUGAACGUUGGCGUCAUUACAUUUUUAAAUAAAGACGCUGAAGUUCCUUCAGACGUUAGCAAGUUAGUUUUUACUCGAGAAUUAGGAAGAAGUUUCGGCGCUGAGGUGAGUGAAAAACCUUGUAAGAAAGGAGAUGAAGGGAUCGACCUAUUGUCUCCAAUGGCUACAAUUGAUUAUCGGCAAAAUCAGUUCUUCUCACCGUGUAGUAUCAAAAACAUUACUUUUGUUCUUUAUAAUUUGCAAUUGAACAGAAAGUACAACUGCCUUUUGCCACCGUCUGAAGCAUUUUGUGGCAAUAAUAUCGUCGAGCCCGGCGAAGAAUGUGACUGCGGGUUAAAUGACACCGAGUGUAAAGAACAAUGCUGCUAUCCCCGAGAAAUCAUCGCUGAAGACCUUGACAAGAAUGUCACUGCAAAGGGAUGCACAAGGAGAGCAAAUACACAAUGCAGCCCUUCAGAAGGACCAUGCUGCGACGUGCACACUUGCCAGCUCUAUCCCGAAGCUCAAAAGGAGUCGUGUCGCAGGCCGACGGAGUGCAGCUACGAGUCAUUCUGCUCCGGACGCUCAGCCAAGUGUCCCGAACCUCGACUUGUGGCUAAUGUGACCAACUGCGCAUGCGAUGAAUUCCUCAAUUGCCAACCGCUAAAGCCAAAUAGCAGUAGUUCACUUAUUCCUAGACUUUUGUGGAUAUGUAUACUUUUUUAUUGCCAUUUGAGCAUAACACUUUAAAAUAUUGUUUCUGCUUCUAUAAAAACUAUUUACAUGUCACGACACAAAUUGACUAUAUGCGUUUGUCGCUGUUUCGUCUGUAGUUGUAUUUAAAUUUGAAGAUUUGUUAACCCGGUCAUGGACAGUAAGGGCGCGCUCCCAUUAUGUCGUAGCGUUUUAUUUAUCAUUGGACGAUUGUCGCGUCUAGCCUGUUCCCAUAUCACGACUAUCUGUCGUGACUGUGUCGUGGACGUUUAUUUUAUCGUUGUACGACUGUCGUGUCUAGCUGUUACCACUAGCUCGUGACGACAAUUUAUCAGUUGACGGCAGCUGCCUUGUCGUUUACACGACAGAGUCGUUUGAAGCUGCGAUUAUCUGCAGUCACAUUUUUAAAGUGGCGUUGUAUUUACAGUCGGACGACUGUCGUUCUGGUCAUCGUAACGUCAAAAAGUUGUGGAACACUAAUGUUAACAAGUUCAUUUAAAUAUACAAGACACGACACAUUAAACUGCACGACUGUCUGUCGUCACGACAUGAUGGGAAAGAAGAAACAACUUUUUGUAUCUAUUCAAACAUUUUAAGCGGUACGGAGUAGAGAUGGAAAAAACUGCUAAUUUUUUUAAACGUUUAAACGUAACUUUAACCAAGAAAAAGAAAAGCAAGAGUAGACCACUAAAGGUUUUAAGUUAAGUAACUUUAUUUCUAAAACACGAGUUUUAUUUUUGUUUAUAAAAUUAUUAUUCACAUUGCCGAAUUAAUUUCUUUAGGAAACAAAUGGCGGGACUUGAAAUUUAGGCACGUUGUAUAAAAACUGUUAUUAUAAGACUAUUACAUUUAUUUAUACUAUUUCUGUUUUUGUAAUCUUGUGUAGCACAAUGUUCAUCAUGCCGUGUAUCGUAGAUUCUGU